AUGGCCGCUCCUCCGCCACCAGGGGCUAUAGCCCCUUCACCAUACACUCUUUUUGACAGAAUCAACCAUAUAUCGGCUGACAGCGAGGAUCUAUUCAAUCUCCUUGAAGAACUGGAGCAGCAUGUGGAGGAUUCUGCCGGGUGGCGUUGGCACGCCGAGCAGACCCAGAUCAAGCAGAACACCGUUUACAAGACCUACAAAACCUUCCUCACCGGGCUACAACUCGUCGAUCAAGACCUCAACGAGGAUGAAGAAGAGCUUGCUAUGUUUCCGGUAGAUAAGGAUGAGUGCUUCAAGCGCAUGAAACUUUACAUUAUCUUCGUCGCCAAGUUUGGCCAUGGGCGACGCCGGGGAACGAAGAUCUCUUACCGUGCUCUGGUAGGGCAUCGACUUGCACUCAUGUUCUGGUACAAGAGAAUUCACGCCAAACGGGGGACCACUACGACAGCCACUCACUCUCAACUCUUCAACACCCUCACUGAGGCUAUGCGCUAUGCGACCUCUAAGUUCGGGCUUGCUCUGGGCGCGUCUACGUCCUUCUCCAAAGUCGGAAUACCUGAAUUGCGUCAACUGAUCGAUUAUGAUACCCUCAAUGCGGUUUCCAUCGAGGUUUCUGAAGGCCAUCAUCUAGCAUGGUGUAUCGCCCGCGUCUGCGCCGUGCGUCCCGGGUCUAUCGGAAUCAGUGGUCAACGAACAGUCAAUACGAAUGAUCGGCCCUUUCUCACCUGGGGUGAUAUCCAAAUCACCCGGUCGGAUAACGUCAGGUUUCAGGUUCGCAUAACUUUCAGAAACCUAAAGACCAACUAUACGGAUCCUGAGAAGGCAUAUCGAAAGACAGAGAAAGACUCCUCACUCACCUGCGUUAUCAACUCACCCACGAACACCGACAACCUGAUUUUCUCCAUCCCUCACCGACUGCUUGUUCUUGCGCUCCGCCGUCAAAUCAUUGAUAGUGUCACGACGAUCGACGAGCUUAUGCGUGGGAAUCAACGCAAUAUUACGAUCAAUCGUGAGUAUUUAUCGAAACCAGUUAUUCUGGCAAGUAAGGCUCGGGGCUUGGGGACGAGUGAUGAAGCGGUUACUGUCUAUGCAUUGACUGAGUACCUUAAACGACGUGGAUCGAAGCUUGGCUAUCCAGAGGCAUUGAACUUCUACUCUAUUCGCCGCAGAGCAGCCGACGAUCUCACCCGACAGGUUGGUCGUGAUGCUUCACGAGCUAUUAUGAACCACGACGCUCAGUCACGGGUUCUGGAAAAGUAUUACCUGUCACUGGGUGAUGCUGUGGAUCUAUCCAGAGUUGCAUUGGAUGAAGAUACAAGCGACCUAGGCCAGGAGGGGUAUUCUCACCAGAUUGAUCAAGAAAGCACCUUGGCUGCCAAUGUCCUCUCCCAUCAAAAGGCUCGAGAGAUUCAUGGACCAGCUGUCAAUGCGCUGAUGGUGAAGCUGAUGUCAUCUGACCCCGGAUUUCCAUACACAGCUUCAAAUGCCGAGUUGAAGAACUAUAAACGCCGCAUUCGACGGGUGGCGUUGGAUUCGCUUUUGGGGAUCGAGGUUCAGAAGGAACGAGAAAAAAUGACCAGGAUGGACUUCAAUCGUCGAUUGAAACAUCUGAGUGAUUCUAAGUUGAUGGAUAUGGUUAUGGAAAAUGCUCGAGCUCAACUGGCCCUUGGUGAUACCGAUCACCUGGAGGAAGAGGAUGAUAACCCAGCUAUCGAUGGUGAGACGCAAGAAAUCAUUCACGGCCUCGAAGAAAAGGCUGAAAAGGACCUUGAGGAACAAGUGGUAGAUGGUGAUCACCGGGGCGAGGUUCUUCGCGAGCUGGAUGGUGAUGGCCGUGAGGAUGACGAUGAGGGUGAUGGUGACAGCCGCACCAUCCCUCAGGCUAUUGAGGUCGACUACGAAACCGCCGCCCGAACCUUCAUGCAAGCUCUUCUAGAGAACACAUUGAGUCAACACAAGGACUACAAACACAACCCCACUGUUUGUCCACUAUGUCAAGAGGAUGAUACCAUUACCGAUCCAGCGAUCAAGAACAAGAUUUGGAGUGCCCAAAUCAAGCUCAACGAUCAUAUGAAAACGGCAUUCCAUACACCCCGGGCACAGUGGAUUCGUCGCGUUGAGGCCAAUCACCAGGUUGAUGGUAGCGGCAACGGUACAAAUUGCCCUUACUAUGAGCGAGUUGGCAAUACUAGAUCUUUUAUCCGAGUGUCCUCCCUGGUGAGACAUAUUGAAACGAACAACGAGCCUGCUCAUAAGGCCUUUGCACAAGAGGACGGGUGGUUUACACCCGGUUGGGCAAGUCACCCAGAGGUCAAAUCAGCUUCAGCCCGUCAGACAAAGGAAACUGCACACCGUAUGGAUACAGCAUUUCUGAAUAUUCCAUACUCUGGCGAACAGGCAAUCGAACCUCGCCCACACGAGAGUAUUCCGAAUGCUGUACGAGCUCCCGGGCCAUCACCUAUGGUUCCGAUUCCUGGGGCAGUGUGGCUCACUGGUGAUGAGAUGUUUAGGCCAGGCCCGUCAGUCCUUGACGCUCAGUUCGCCGCUCUCACAAUCUGGACAAGUCAACCACCCAUCACCUCACCCCCGAUCCCAGCUCACCUUAACGAUCACGUGAUCAUGGUGAGUCCCUACACGGGGGAGCCAGUUGAGCCAAUUGAGUCAAUUGAGCCAGUGGAGGCAGUGGAGCAGGUCAACAAGAAGAGACAGAGUGAGGCAAUUGAGCCGCCUACUACAAAGAGACCCCGACGUGAUGAUUGA